AUGUUCUGCAGACUGUGCGCGGGAAGUCGUCUCGGAGGUGAGGCGCUGCGUUCUGAAGUGCUGGUGUCGCAGAGGCGACUACUCAACAUAAACCGCAGCGUUCAGACGCGGUGGGAGGUGGAGAACCAAGCGGCGUCGCAGAAGCGCACCGACUACGACUUUGACAAGGAGCAGUGGUCCAAGCAGAUGCGCUUUGCGUCGAUGGAUUGUAUUAUGAAUCCUGACAUCACCCCCAUUCGCUACACGACGAUCACAGGUCUCAACAAGGCCUUCCGGCGAUUCAUGACGAUGCGGAAACUUGUCGAGCGUCGUCCGGACUUUAAUCCGGAGGACCUUAAGAAACUUUUUGUUCAGUUAAAGACAAUAUCACAUUCCCUUAACCCGGAGGAUCUGAAACUGCUGCAGCGUAUCACGACACAUGGGGAAGCGAGUCGUAUUGGGAAGGAAAUUAAAUUAGGAAUGAAUGAGGAGUUUUCCAAGAAGAGCUGGAAGUCCCUGAAGAUGCAGGCGGUCCAGAACACGUACCAAAUUGAGCUGGACUCAUUUCAGUUGGUGAACUGUUACAUGGGGCAAAUGGCACAGGAAGACUGGCUCCAGAUCACUUACAAGUGCGAGUACCGUGAGCGGCCUGAUGAGGCAUCGGAGUGGCAGAGCAUGUGCGAGUACCCCGUCUUUGAGGUUCGUCUUGGCGACGGGGUACAGUCGUCCAACACACACGCGUUCAUCGUUGUGGGUGUCAUGCGGAAGGACGGUACGCGGUACGGAAAGGACUCCCAGGAUGCCGCCGCCCUGCGCAAACAGUUUGACCGCAGUAGGAAGUGGUUUUAA